UGAAGCGGUCACAUGCACCUAAAAAUAAUCAAUUUCAACAUUGCUUCAAAAUGUCUGUGCUUAUUAUUUUAGUCAGCUGUUUCGCUCUGGCUAAUGCAGCCGAAAAAAAUGUUCAUGAGAAGAGACACACAGGCAACUUUCGCAGGUCCAUUUCACAAAAAGGGCGCGAAAAUUUAGUGAUUCUAAAGACGGUGGAGGAUGUUACAGAGAUUCAAUGUUUACAUCGUUGCAAUCUUCAUACAGAUUGUGAUUCUGUAGGAUUUGAGUUGUAUGAUCAAGAAAGAAUUGGGGAAUGCUUGCUAUUAGGAAAGCAUGCUAAGAAAGAAGAUGACAAGGGGUUUGUGAUGAAAGAGCAAAAUGAAGGAAAUAUGGAAUUUCUUGACAAAAUUAGCGUUUAUCCAUACCACAGCUGCAAAGAAGCAUAUUCUAAUGGCGAAACAAAAAGUGCUGUGUAUUUUUUGGUAGAUAUUGGAUGGCAUUACUGCAACAUGGAAAGUUUGGGAAAAUGUGGAUCUGGAGGAUGGACAUUAGCAAUGAAUGUCGAUGGCGAACAGGCGACAUUCGAAUACUACUCGCUGUUUUGGACAAACGACGCCGUGUAUAAUAUGAAACAAAGUUUAUCCAAUCCUCUCGAAACUGAAGCAAAGUUUAAAGCAUUUUCAACCAUGCCCUUCUCCUCGAUUUGCUUGGGUAUGACCGUCGAAUCACGGACAAACUACAUUAAAUUUGACGAGGAAUUUGACUCCUUGCAGCAGCUUUUCACAACAGUAAACAAAACUAACGUAAAAAGAACAACGGCUAAAGAAAAAGACUGGAGGGAGUUAAUCCCAAAUUCUUUCCUUCAAUCUAAAAUCGUAGUUCAAGGUUUUAAUAUUGAAGGGGAAGUUACGAGCGUUCGUCUUGGUGUACUGGCCAACAAUAUCGGUAAAGGGUGGACACAGGACACUUGGACAGAUACUUGGCUUGGUGUUGGGUGUGAACCAGCAGUGUGUACAGAGUUGCCAAUAUUUACUGCUGGAAAUGGAUGCUGCUUAAAAAGUUUUUGUAACAAUACACACAUCCCUGCGAGAGCACUUUUAUACAUCCAAUGAAACGUUCUACAUCAACAAGUGUAAAAUAAUGACUGCUUAAAUACUGUCUGAGCGUGAUUAGGCGUUGCUUCGAGAUUUAAUUUUUUUAAAAAAGUAAUCAUAGGUUUUUUUUGAUGAAGAAAGUUUCGCAAGAAUUAAUUCGCGAUUAAUGGUUUAUGUCGGCAAAAAAAUGUUGGGUGAUAAAAAUUUAAGUCACCGAGCCAGAAUUUUUACCAGUGAGGUAAGCAAUAGAAAAAGCAAACGUAAGAUCACUUUUGACGAAAUAUUAUUUAUCUUUUACACCAAACUCGAGUUUUCAAAAGCGCAUAUUUUAGCCUCAGGUCAACCUUGUCCCCGGGAAUAAUUUUCACUUUUUCAUAUUGGAAGGGCGUUUAAGAAAGAAGCACUGGUUGGAGCUAAUGAAAAUAACCAUUUCUCAUGGUUAUGUUUGAAAAAGGUCUUACCUAUCCAAACAUUUACUACACAACACUUGUAGAUUAUCGAGAAGCAGCGUUUUACUGCCGCGUGUAAGAAAAAUGCUGCGUUGAUUCUUACGUUUUAAACUUAAAAGACAUAAACAACUUACCUUGAACAAGAAUAAAAUGUGCUAAAAUGUGAAUGAUAUAAUUAAUGGGUUCAAUGCUCUUGUUGUCUUGACUACUUGAUAUGGAAAGUUUAUGUUAUAUCAGUUGCUAAUAUUGUAAUUGUGGUUAGCCCCCUUAAUUUAACCAUUGAGGACCAAAAAAAUGUUUUACUGGAAAGGUUGACAUAUGAAAAGAAAGAGGAGCAUAGGAAAUUAUUUCAACAUUGACAACAAUGUUGACCGUGAGGAUUUUACUGAAAAAAUAUUGUGCAGAAAGAUGACAUUCAUCUGUCUGCAUGUCAUCCAGAAGUUCUUUUGUAGAAGGAACAUUAUUAAAAUCUUUACAUCCACUUUAUACAAUAAGAUCCAGCUAGGUAACUAAGGUUGAACCAACUACACUUUCCUAAAAAACAUUUGGUUACUUUAGGGGAAGAAACUUUCGCGAACAGAAACUUUCGUGAUUUUUAGCCUAAGUUGCGAAAGUUUAUGUUUGCAAAAAUUUGUUAUUUUCUUUCAAUUCGCAAAAGUUUUAGGUAACCGGAAAAAUUAGGCUUGAGGGUGGGAAUUAAAAACUUAUGUAACAAUCUUUUUUUUCUUUUCACAAAAUAUUUUACAUACUUUCCUUGAAAAAUUUACAUGAAAGAAUGAAAGCCCGUUUUAAUCUAUUUAUAAGUAAUUUUUUCAUUCUGUCCUUGAUUUUAGCUUGAGCUUAUUUUACUAAAAACAUCUAGCAUCAUUCUUAUGUCAUUUUUUUUAGUCUGCUUGUUUUGAUGAACAACUUUUCUUUUUUCUGCCUUUUGCCCUCGAUUAAAGCCUUUCGGGAGACGGAUAGAUUCUGAGUCAAUAUUUGUUACAAAGCAGUCCAGUAUUUCCUCAUCUUUUAGCUCGGUAUAUUUUUUCUUGAC